AUGGAUGACCAACAAGAGCAGGAUUGUGCCUCAGAAGACCAAGAAACUAUCCUGAUUAAUGGGGUGAAAGAAAAUGAGCCACGUGCCCCGGAUGGCGAGGAGAGGCUGUGCGGCGAUGCCGCCGUCACCUUCCCAGCCCUGACGGCAGCUCCGAAGGAACCCCAGGCGUGCCACCGCGUGCUGCCACCCCUGCCUUCGAAGAAGCCCUGCUCACUGAGCCCGCCGUCCCCACUGCGGCUCACCGAUGUCCCCGAGCACGCGUCAGACGACUCCUCGGCCCACGCCAUCUCCCUCACAUCCUGCGUGACGAAGGGCAUGAGCUCCUGGUCGCUGCCGGGUGACUGCGAGAAGGCUCCCUUCAGCAUGAUGGAGCCGGGAGGCAUGUCCGCCCUGACCGGGGACUGCCUAAUGCAGCCGAGCCGGACCUGCCUGGGCUGCUUCAUUGAAUCAAAGGACGGCAUUGAUGCAGAGCCGGGCAUAAGCUUGAAAGUGGGGGAUAUAAAUAGGGAUUAUGACACCUGUUCGGUCUCUGAUAUAGGGAUUCACUGCAUGAGCACAGGAGAAACCAUGAGAUAUGGGGAUCAACUGCUUUCAGACCAGCUUUUAAGCUUCCCUAUGCAUAAAUCGAGGGCAGCGGACAAAAGAGAUGCAGAAAAAUCCGACAGUGAUUCAGAGGACCCCACUCAGAAAAAUUAUUACGAGGGAUUACUAUUAGACAAAUGCAAUGGUGAGGAGCCCUUACUAACAAAUCCCAACCAGGAAUGGGGCUAUUUUGAAUCUUUCAUUAGUGAAAGUAAAAUUGAGCUGCUUGACCUCUGCUCCAAAAAUGAGCUUUCUGUAAAUCUGUUUUCUGAGGAAGAUGUGGAUAAUUACAUGUUUGAUGAUGAUGAUUCGACCUUGGGAAGCGACGUCUGCUCCUUAAAGAUCAGAUAUGAGUCUUUCCAGGACAACGUCCGGGAGAAGACCACAGCCCUACAAGAGGACGCCCAGUUCAACUUCUUCCCCAGCGUCUUUGGCAACUGCACCAAAAGGGACAGCAGGAGCACCCUGAAAAGGGGGCCCGGUGGUGCCGCGGACCCUUCUCAAUUCAAGUCUGAGGAAGGCAUCAUCUGGGGGGAGGAGGAGGAGGAUGGGGAGGAAGAGGAUGGCGAGGAGGAGGAGAAAGCUGCCUUAAAUAAAUCUUGCAACAGCACGGAAGUGGUGCAGUAUGUGGGCUCCAAAAGGAGCCACUUCUUGGACUCUGUGAAUUCCACAGAGGACUCUGGGGAGUUCAGCGAUGACAGCACGUGCACGGAGUCUUCCUUCGAUGUGCUGCGGGAUAUAAAGGACUGCAGCCGGUACCUGUCCCGGGACCACUCCAGCUCCUUCAUCCAGCAGAACUACGGGCUGCGCGCGAAGAGGAAAGUGCGAUACAGCGACGACUACCUGUACGAUGUGGACUCCAUCGAGAACGAGAAGAUCCUGGAUAAGAAGGAGUGGCUCCCGGACGGGCCCAAGGAGGAGGAUGAUGACGAGUGGUGCCCCAAGAAACGGCGAAAAGUCUCUCGCAAGGAGCCCCCCGUUAUCAUCAAGUACAUCAUCAUUAACAGGUUUAAAGGGGAGAAGCAUAUGCUGGUGAAGCUCAGCAAAGUGGAUGCCAACGAGACAACUGUUACCCUGAACGAGGAGCUGCUCAGCAAAUACGAAAAGCUGGCCCCAUUGAAGGGCUUCUGGCAAGAGAGGCAGCAGAGCCGGCUGGAUUUGCUCAGAUCGUCUCUCUACCACAAGCAGAAUUUCUAUCUUAACGGCUCAGAUGCUUCGUUCCUCCCUCACCCACGGAAGCGAAAAUGCAAGCUAGCAAACAGGCACAGGAUUCAAAGAAUUAAAGCCAUUGAACAGUCAGUGAACAAGCUGGGCUCUUGCUCCUCUGAUCACAAGCAGCCUUGCAGCAGCAAGGAGGAUGCAGGCCUGAAAGGGCUGCAGGCAUUAGCCAUCGCCACCCCCAGCUGUGCGAACGGAUUACACGUAAAUGACAUCACAGGCAUUGCUGCCGUGAAAUGCAAAUCGCAGGAACGGGAAUACAAGGGGACGGAGAGGAAAGUGCUCCGCAGGAUCAAAUUCAAAAGUGAAGCCAGGUUGAAAUGCAAGAAAAUCAAAGCUGCUACCAACAUGACGGAGGGCUGCCCGGCUCUGGAAAACCAGGACUCUGCAGCACGGCUGAAGGACGAAAAUGUUCCAUGUGCUUCAGACAGCUCCCAUCUCCCGGAGUGCCAUGAGGAUAAGAUUGCUAAAAAUUCUGCUUUCCUACCAUCCACCUCCUCUUCAGACAAGCCUCUGCCAUCUGCUAAUAUCACCACCAAUGUACCCCUGAUCCCUGGAGGCUAUCUGCAGACGCUGUUAGAUGCUUCGGAUUUGUCGAGCAGCACCGGCAUCUCGUACUUCACCCAGCACCCCUCUGAGCAGCAGCACCCGCUCCCCAGCAUCGUCCCAGCAGACAAGCCGUUCGCCGGCCUGCAGCCAUCGCAGAGCUGCGUGCUGUCCCCGCCGUCCGAGUCUGAGCUGCAGCAGUCCCCCGGCCACCUGGAGAUGGAGCAGAGCAGCUUCGGCAGCAUGUGGCCGGCGAGCAAAGCUGCCGGCAGCAAUCGGCAGGAAUUCGCCGGAGAGCUGCGGGAGGCCGCGGCGCUGUCGGGAGAGUUCAGCGGUGCUGCGGGUGCUGACGGCCUCCCGGCCUCCAGCUACCCUCCAGUCAAUCUGAACAGCAGCAAAUUGCUCUACCAAAAAAAUUACGUGCCGGAUAGCCAACAAGUGCAGUCUGAUGAUUCUUAUCAGUCGUGUCAUUUUAAUAAUGGAGAGGGGCGCUUUCAUUUCCAGCGAGGUACACUAAGUACAGAUGAUGGCAGACUCAUUAGUUUUGAUUCAGUGGGUUCAUUGUCAGUUAGUUCUAGCAAUUAUAGUUCUUUAAGUUUAAAGUCUUGCGAAAAGGACGGCGAGGAUGAUAUUAAUGACGAUUUCUUGGCCCACUGCAGUCCCAAGCUAGUGAUCCAGCAAAGCAUAGAUGAAAUCACCCCUUUGAAGGAGUCCACGGACCUUUUAGACAUUUCCAACUUCACACCCGAUAAGUUCCGCCAGUCGUCGCUUUCGGAGAUGUCCCCUCCGGACACUCCCAACCUUUCCCCACAGAUAGCCGGCUCCGACACCAAACCCCUGGGCACCCUGAAGGGCUUCCCGGAGAGCACCCAGGCCACUCUGAGCAGCUCCGAGAAGGUCAAGUGGAACUGCGGGGUCCUGCAGACUGAAGAUCAGGCAGAUAAUGGGUUUACUUUAAAUAAUCACCAGUUUCAGUUCCAUAUGUUCAAUGAUGAAGAUUCUGUCAGCCUUCUUGAAAAAAGUCCGUGCUUGUCAACAUUUAAUGAGCCAUCUGGUCAAAUUAGCACCAAUAGCAAAGUGUCAAAAUCUAAGAGGAAAAGUUCAUCCAGCAAGAAUGUGGGUACAAACCAAAGUUCUUCCCAGAAAACCACCAGGAAAAAAUCUCCCAAAACCAACAAAGGCACCGAGAAGCCCCAAGGGAAGAACUCCAGGCAGGCACCCAGAUCCACCAGGAAGGGGAAGAACGCAGCGGGCCUCAACGGCGAGAAGGCCCAAGCAGGCGGCAGCAGAGCCAUCAACCAGCUUGCUGGCCCGGCCUUGGCAGCCAAGGGGCUUGCUGAGGGCAUUCAGCAUUGUGGCCCGGCCACCGGGAAGCUGGGCAAGCACAACGGCCUGGCUGGAGAGUGGGCUCUGGGGAAGGACAGCAGUGCGGGCUGGUCGGAAACGGGCCUGGGGAACACCACCGGCCUGCUGGAUGACGACCAGAGGGAGUUCGAGGAGCCCUCCAACAUCCUGUCCAACAUCGCCUCGGGGAUGGCAGAUGUCCAGAGGUUCAUGAUGGCCUCCAUCGAGCCCUUGUGGGGGCCCGUAGGCCACAACAGCGUGCCAGACAUAUUCCGGUCACCCGAGUCGAACAGCCUGAAACUGAAAACCCUUAAAAUUCUGGCAGGGACGCCCCAGGAGUCAAAGAAGAAGGCAAACGGCGGCUCGCCGGGAACGGCGAAGAACCACAAGUCGAACAACAAGGGCUCAAGCAAAAACGGCAAAGCUGCUGCCUGCGACCCUGGUCGCCCCAACUGUUCAACUGGGUACAAUACAGACAUUCACUCUCCCUUUUUUGAUAAAAACUAUAGUAACCUGAGCACUUUAGGCAAUAACGGACCUACCCAUAAAAAACUGUACCGUCAUAAAUCAAGUUCUAAAUCACUGAGGGAUGAGAACUGUAAAAUAAAGCGAACAGACCGCGAACAGACCCAUAAGGACCCACCUGUGACAGCUUCUUUUGAGAAACUGAGGGAAUCAGACUCCAUUCUUCUUAAAGCAGAAACAACAUUUUUGGUUUUUCCUGUAUUUGAAGAAGAGACUCCCUUUUCUAGAAAAAAGACGUUUGAUGUUUGUUUCUUUUUUCCGUUUGUUUUUUUCGUUUGUUUCUUUCAAAAUAUGCCUUGUGGUAUGUUGAAAUGUAAGUGCUGAAAUGAAGAGUUUGAAAUUGUGGGAAUUUAUUAUUUGAAAGCGAACCUAAUCUGGUAUUCUCUGUGAAAGACUGUUUUAAAAGUCAUACUGUUGUACAGUAGUUUAUGCACUAUUACCCACAACAACAAAAAAUUGUGCCAAACUAUGAACAAGUGACUGUAUUGUAUAUAUUUUUACUUCUCUAUCAACAUUGGGUUGUGAGUGUUUUCUGCAGCUAUGCCUUUUGAUUUUACUAGAAACAUUCCAGUUAAGUACUAACCACCCCCUUUGAAAGCACCUGUAACUCACGAUGAAAACAAUAUUGUUCACUUAUACAACUUACCAAAAGUUUUAUGGACAUGACUAAAAGUGUGCCAAAUUUACUUACCUCAUUUCAUGGAUUCACCCUGUGGUUUAAAGCUCAUAAAGGAAAAAAAAAAAAAAAAGGGAAAAAAAAUGAAAAAAUACAAAGAAAAAAGGAACUUUGAAACUGAUGCUGGGAAAUUGUAUUGUCCUCUCUUUAAAACCACGAGCAGAAAAACAUAAUGGUGAAAUGUUGAGUUUCAUUAUAGGAGAGAGUUGAAAUGGUGGAGGAGUUCAGAAAACCACUCCAGGUAAGUCUGACAGGAAGUCGAGUGUCUGCAUCUAGAGACUACGAAACAGCUGCUUUUCAAGUGUCUGUUUUCUUAAAGCAAAACCUGUAGCUGAAGAGCAUUUGAAAUGCAAGUUAC